GCCAAAUCUGGCUACUCGGUGGUGAGCCACCAUCUUUCUCGUCUGCUCCGAGUCUCCGAGCAGAGUAAGUAGUUACACAACUGUGAAGCCAUGGGAAUUGACAACUCUCAUAAUAGUCAUUUCUUCUUUACAAAAUCCCCGUAAUUUAUGUUCCCCAAAAGAAUUUGAAUUCUAGCCAAUUGCCUCGAUAGGAACCAACGAAAUCCUUGGAUCUGGAGCUUCUUUGACCUUCUUCUUCCAUGGACAUUCUCUUCGCUCAGAUCCAAGCGGACCUCCGCUCCAACGACGCCCUCCGCCAGUCCAGCGCCCUCCUCCAGGCUCUCCAGCAGUCCGCCGCCGGCCGCGACAUCUCCGUCAUCGCCAAGUCCGCCGUCGAGGAGAUCGUCGCCUCUCCGGCCUCCGCCGUCUGCAAGAAGCUCGCCUUCGACCUAAUCCGAUCCACCCGCCUCACUGCCGACCUCUGGGACACCGUCUGCACCGGCAUCCGCAACGAUUUCGACUUCCCCGACCCUGACGUCACCGCCGCCGCUCUCUCCAUUCUCGCUGCUAUCCCUUCCUACCGCUUGUCCAAGCUCAUCACUGAUUCCAACAAGGAGAUCAGCAGUUGCUUCGAUUCGCCGAGCGAUAAUCUCAGGUUUUCCAUCACCGAGACCUUGGGAUGCAUUCUCGCGCGCGAUGAUCUCGUUACUCUCUGCGAGAACAAUGUCAAUUUGCUCGAUAAGGUUUCCAUCUGGUGGACUCGAAUUGGCCAGAACAUGCUCGACAGAUCCGACGCCGUCGCGAAGGUGGCGUUCGAGUCGGUCGGCCGGUUGUUUCAGGAGUUCGAUUCCAAGCGGAUGAGUCGAUUGGCGGGGGAUAAGCUAGUUGAUAGCGAGAAUUCGGUCGCGAUUAGGUCAAACUGGGUUUCGUCAAUGGUGGAUUUGGUUUGGAAGAAGCGGAGCGCGUUGAUGGCGAGGUCGUUGGUCUUGCCGGUGGAGAGUUUCAGAGCCACGGUGUUUCCGAUCGUGUACGCCGUCAAGGCCGUUGCUUCGGGCUCGGUUGAGGUCAUACGAAAGCUAUCAAAAUCCUCCGGUGGUUCCAACGGGACGGUUGUGGAUUCAAAUGCGGAGAAGCUUGUGGGAGUUUCGGACGUGGUUUCGCAUUUGGCGCCAUUCUUGGCGUCGUCUCUGGAGCCGGCUUUGAUUUUCGAAGUUGGGAUUAACAUGUUGUACUUGGCGGAUGUGCCUGGAGGGAAGCCCGAGUGGGCUUCGCAAUCCAUUAUCGCCAUUCUCACGCUUUGGGAUAGGCAAGAAUUCUUUUCCGCAAGAGAGAGUAUUGUGAGGGCUGUUGUUACGAAUUUGCAUCUUCUCGAUCUUCAUAUGCAGGUUUCAUUGUUUAGGAGGCUGCUUUUGAUGGUGAGAAACUUGAGAGCCGAAUCAGACCGUAUGCACGCAUUAGCAUGUAUUUGUCGGACAGCUCUUUGUGUUGAUCUUUUUGCGAAGGAAAGCGUGCGAAGAGGGCAGAAACCUCUUGCUGGAACUGAUAUUGCCUCUCUUUUUGAGGACAUUAGAAUAAAAGAUGACCUUAAUAGUGUAACGAGUAAAAGCUUAUUUAGAGAGGAGCUAGUAGCAUCUUUGGUGGAAAGCUGUUUUCAGUUGUCUCUACCUUUGCCUGAACAAAAGAACUCAGGUAUGGAAAGCAGGGUUAUUGGAGCUUUGGCAUAUGGAACUGGUUAUGGUGCAUUGAAUUGGACUGAACCUGCUUUGGAAGUAGUAGAAGUUUGUAGGCCUUGUGUCAAAUGGGAUUGCGAUGGACGAACAUAUGCUAUUGAUUGCUACUUAAAGUUGCUCGUUAGGUUGUGCCAAAUAUAUGAUACAAGGGGAGGUGUCAAAAGAGUUAAGGAUGGAGCUUCUCAGGAUCAAAUUCUAAACGAGACAAGGUUGCAAAACUUGCAACGUGAACUUGUGAAAGAUUUACGUGAGAUAAAUACCCCAAGAGUAUGUGCCCGUGUCAUUUGGGCUGUUUCAGAACACAUAGAUCUAGAAGGCUUGGAUCCGCUUCUCGCUGAUGAUCCGGAGGACCCGCUGAACAUUAUUAUAUCAAAUAUCCACAAGGUUUUGUUCACCUUGGAUUCAUCUGCAGAUACCACAAAUAGGCUUCUAGAUGUCCAGGCACUACUUUUAUGCGCACUGAGGUUAGGAUCACGCUAUGCAAGGGCUGGGGCGUUACUGACUAAAGAACUUGAAGAAUUUAGAAGCAAUAACAUGGCUGAUUCUGUCAACAAGCAUCAAUGCCGUUUGAUACUGCAGAGAAUCAAAUAUGCUACUAGUCAUACAGAAAGCAAGUGGGCAGGGGUGAGUGAAGCCAGAGGUGAUUAUCCGUUUAGCCAUCACAAACUAACUGUUCAGUUUUAUGAAGCAUCUGCAGCUCAGGACAGGAAGUUGGAAGGACUAGUUCACAAUGCUAUUUUAGAGCUUUGGAGGCCAGAUCCAAGUGAACUAACCCUUUUGCUGACAAAGGGAGUCGACUCUGCAUUACUCAAGGUUCCUCCAACUGCAGUCACUUUGACUGGUAGCAGUGAUCCCUGCUAUGUCGAAGCAUAUCAUUUAACAGACUCUACUGAUGGAAGGAUCACUCUUCAUUUGAAGGUCUUGAAUUUGACUGAGCUUGAACUGAACCGGGUGGAUAUCCGGGUUGGAUUAUCAGGUGCACUGUAUUUUAUGGAUGGCUCUCCUCAAGCAGUGCGGCAGUUGCGUAAUCUUGUUUCACAGGAUCCAGUACUAUGCAGUGUGACUGUAGGUGUCUCACAAUUUGAGAGAUCUGCCCUUUGGGUUCAAGUCUUAUACUACCCUUUCUGUGGUAGCGGUGGUGCUGGAGAUUAUGAAGGUGACUAUACUGAAGAAGAUCCACAGAUAAUGAGACAAAAGAGAAGUUUAAGGCCAGAAUUAGGAGAACCUGUCAUCUUGAGGUGUCAACCAUACAAACUUCCGCUCACAGAGCUUCUUCUCCCCCACAAAAUAUCACCUGUCGAAUUUUUCCGUCUAUGGCCUAGUUUGCCAGCUAUUGUAGAGUACACUGGUACAUAUACGUAUGAAGGAAGUGGUUUCAAAGCUACAGCUGCUCAGCAGUAUGGUGCGUCUCCUUUCUUGAGUGGGCUUAAAUCCCUAUCAUCCAAGCCAUUUCACAGAGUUUGUUCACAUAUAAUACGAACGGUUGCUGGAUUUCAGCUUUGUCUUGCUGCAAAAACUUGGUACGGUGGAUUUUUGGGUAUGAUGAUAUUUGGAGCCAGUGAAGUGAGCAGGAACGUGGAUCUUGGUGAUGAGACGACUACUAUGAUAUGUAAAUUCGUGGUUCGAGCUUCUGAUGCAUCAAUAACGAAGGAGAUUGGAUCAGAUCUGCAAGGCUGGUUGGAUGACCUCACUGAUGGGGGUGUCGAGUACAUGCCUGAGGAUGAAGUGAAGCAGGCUGCUGCUGAGAGGCUCAGAAUCUCGAUGGAGCGGAUAGCGUUGCUAAAGGCAGCUCGACCAAAAGCCAAGGUUCCCAAGACGGAUGAUGAUGAAGAGAAUGAGGAUGGAGUGGAGGAAGAAGAGGAUAAAAAGAAGGAAAAGAAGAAAGAUGGUGAAGAAGAUGAUAAAAAGGGUCCUGCAACCUUGUCGAAGUUAACCGCAGAGGAGGUUGAGCAUCUUUCUCUUCAAGCGGCAGUGCUCCAGGAAUGGCACAUGCUGUGUAAAGAUAGAGAUACUAAAGUUAAUUAAGGAUUAAAAGAAAGGGUUUGAAUAUAAUUUUUUUUUUGUGGUCAUGCUUGUAUUCUUUUUCGUCUUUUCCUUAGUGUACCGUUAAGGUAGGUGUUGAGAAUCUCUGAUUUUUUGUAUCCUAUUUUGUAUUUGAGUCUUCAUUUUUUUCAACGGGGACUUUUCUUUCCUCGUAUAUCUGUUACGGCUAGUUAUUGACUCACGUCCAUUUGGAUAGAGGUUUUUGUUAUAAUCGUGAGUUUUUUCAUUUGAUGAUUUGCAAGAUCAAAACUUCCAAGAAUC